AACUUGCCCGCACCUUUACACCCACGGGUCCGUUUCCUGCCCUCUAGAGGAGCGCCGCCUCCUACCAAGUUUUGCAAGCGCCGCCGGUUCCGGGAAGCCUCCGAGUAAAAGUCAGCAAGGUCCGGAGCCGGACAAAGCAAGCGCCGGCGGCGCUCAGCUUCAGAAUGGCUCCCUGGACCGUCGUCGUACUGGCAGUCCUCCUUGCGGUCAGCCGCCGGGCCCGAGGUAAAAUCCUCCUACCACCCCCUCGCAACGUGAUCCUUGUGUCAGAAGAUUUCAAUCUUUUCUUGACAUGGCUGCCAGGGGCUGAUUACCCACCUGGGGUGUUCUACACUGUUCAGUGGACUAAUGUUUAUCGCACCUGGGAGGACUUCCUGCCCUGUAGAAACAUCUCGGAAACAGUCUGCAAUAUAACAUGCGCUUCUCCACACGUGUACCACAGUUUUGAUGUCCGAGUGAAAGCUCAGGGGAGUACUGGAACCAUCUCCUCAGCAUGGGUGGACUUGGAAAACAUAGAUUACGAAGUCAAUGUGACACUCGCUCCCCCAGCUCUGCAGGUAAGGAAGAUCGGGGACACGGUUGUGGUGAAUGCCACUUUCUCUGACCCCUUGUGCUUGAAGGACAUAUUUCAUGAUCUGACCUCUGACUUGGAAUUUUGGGAAGCUGGAGCCAACAACAGAAAAAAAAUCAACAUGAAGAACUCAAAGGAAUUUGACGCUCCAGUUUUCAGUGGCAGCGAUUACUGCUUCAGCGCCCGAGCGGUUUUAAACAACGUACACAGCAACUUCUCUGAGCCAAUUUGCAUCCAACUGCACAGCAAAGAAGAAUACGAGGAUGAAGAGGAGGAGGAGGAAGAUAUUGGCAGUUCCAGACCAUACACUGAAAUGCAUCGAUUCCAGAAGAAUGACAUUCACAGCCAGAUGGUUGGCCUUGGUGAGAAAGAACCCGAUUCAUGCUCUGAAUCGGACAGUUCUCAGCUGGGCGAAGGCUCCAUGCCAGAUCAAAUGAUGCCUGGGUUCUUUGUUUUGUCAAACUCAGUCUUUGGAGAGGUGACUUCCAGGUUCCAAUGGAAUGAGAUGACUUCGCUUUCUGCAGGUUUCUCUUCAGAGGAAUCCUCUGUAUGUCCAGACAUUUACCCAAUUGCUCAAAGGGGAGGACAGGAAGAUUUGGAUGAGGGUACAGACUUCUUGUUUCAGGUGUCGGACUCUAACCUUCCCACUAGGAAGCUAUGCAUGCCUUCAGAAAGUUUUCAUGAAGCCAGCUGUGGAAUCCUGGGAAACCCACAAAUAUCACUGUUUGGAGUACAAAGCAAUCAGGAGUUCUAUGACCUCCUUCUUGAGGAUGAGGAACUAUCUGAAAAUGACUCUUGUGGUUGUGGAAGUCCCGUGGUUGAAUUCUCUCCUUUGAAGGUGCCUUCUAGAGAAGGCUUGGAAAGCAGUAUGCUGAGUAGAAGCAGGAAGUCUGUAGAGGACAGUUCUCCAGAACAUAAAUCCCAUGGCUAUCAGCCCAGGCCUGUGCAUUAUCUUUCAAGAACUUUACAGAGAUGACUGAUAUCCUCCUCAGAGUACCCACAGGAAUUAGAAGGCCCCCCCCAUCAAAACUAGGGUUGCAAAUUUUGCACUAAAAUGUCCAAUUUCUAUUAUUAUUAUUAUUAUUUUAUUGCAUUUA